AUGAGUGUCUAUAGUAACGCCUCAGGGCCCAACAACGAUGGGCGUAGUUAUCAUAGUAUUAAAGGGUUUGCCGGGGCGGAGUUAAUAGCAAAUCCACUCGGUAGUGAUAAGAAAAGUAAUGAAGCCUCAAAUGAUCCCUUUGUAAAGCAGCAGCAACAGAUCCAAUCUUUAUUACGUAAUCCAACCACACGUAUUGAAGAUGAUGGCUCUGUGGUGUAUGAUCCAAAUUAUCUUCCAAAGAGUAAAAAAAUCAUUUCGAUGGCUCCUUAUGAUGAGAAGGAGGAGUAUGAUCCGGUGGAGCCAUUAUUUUGGGUUGUUUGUGCCUGUACUUUAGGAUUAGCCGCUUUUUGUGUAUUUGUAGCCGUUACUGUUUUACAACUUCCCUUUACGUAUGCACAUGGUACUAUUGUUUAUGUUUCUGCUGGUAGUUGUGGUGGAUUUUUAUUUGCGAUGAUGUUUCUCUUUUACAUUGCGGUUUCUAAAGAUGAACGUUACUUUGGUCGAUUUAUGGAUGGACUUAUUGGGGCUAUUCCUUUUAUUCUCCUCGGUGCCCUUAUUGGAUACAUGUACAGUUGUUUCCUCUUAAUGAUGAUUUAUCUUGUGGAUGAUCCAGUGGCCUCUUCUUUAAACAUCACGUGGUGGUUUUGUAUUUUCUCAACAGUUCCACCGUUUCUGGUUUUCUUUAUUCCCAUGUUUAUAGUGGCAAUGCGAGUACAGGAGGCUUCUGCGAUGACGGCCCGUCUUUUAAUGGGCCUCACACUUCCCCCACCAGGGUUUAUUCCCCGCACAAAUGGGAUGGCCACUUAUCUCUUCUCUGCCUUUCGUCGUUUUAUUAUUGGAUUCGCCAUGGCGGUGGGUCUUUCUGGUUAUUAUGCCAUUACGUGUUUUGCACUCGGUUGGCUUGCGUACGGUCUCUACCGGUCAACGGCGGUGUACUUUUGGAUUCCCAUCGUUGUGCUCGCCCCAGUGCUGCUGCUGCUCUUUAUUCUUCUGCUUACUAUUGGCUGUCUUUCGCCUUUUACGCUUCACGCUAUCUUCGCCGUGUGGACAGGACCCAUCACGGCAUGGGCACACAUUCCAUUGAGAUCGGCGUACUUUCCACACUAUCACGCCGGCCGCACCAUUAAACAAAUGAUACGAGAAACAAAUCACAUCACACGAAGGGCCGGACGGUGUCAUGUGCGCGGCGAACACGUGCGGGCGGCGGAAUUAUAUGAUGAGGCGGACACUCGCCGCGCAGCGAUUGAAGAACGGGGGAUUGAUCUCAAAGAGCGGGAGAGUCGGGGAUGGCGGAAAUUAAGUGCCAGGCGAAUUCAACGGACAUAUGAUGUGAAGAAGAAGUAA